GUCUUUUCAUCCUCCCAUCUUUUCAUCUGAAUCUCAGCGAACCCCCUGAAACCUUACCAAAAAUGAAACGAGGACACACCGCAGACGAGACCUCGAACCCCUCCUCUCCCUCCUUACGUUCGGCGUCCAAGGCCGUCGCCGCCGCUACAAGUGAGUCCUCUCUCCAUCCCCACAUCGUCCAUUUUCCCACGGAGCUAAACGCACCCCACCCAUCUUCCAAACGCAGUCAUGUCCAAAGUCCCAAGGAUGAUGAAGGAUUACCACCCCUUCCCCCAAAAAGCCAACCACGCCAUCGCCUCCGCCGCCAGCGACGCCCACACCCCUCAAACCGCGUCCUCCGCGUACAAGCUCGCGUGGGCCGACGAUGAAUUCCUCCACCGCGAUGAUCUCCGUCCUCUCCGCUUACAACUGGAGUACACGAAGCCGGAGAAGGUGAUGCAGGACCACGACAUCGACAGCACGAUUGUGGUGUUUGGCAGCGCGCGGAUUAGGGAUAUCGAGCAGGCUACCGCGCAGUUGAAGGCUGCUGAGCAGCUGGUGAAAACGAAGGGGGAAAAAGAUGAGGAGGCGAGGGAGAAGCUGAGGGUCGCGAGGAGAAUGGUGGAUAGUGUGAAAUAUUAUGAUGCCGCGCAGGAAUUGGGGAGGAUUGUGACGGAGCAUAGUGAUGGCAAUAAGCUAGUUGUUAUCACUGGUGGAGGCCCUGGAAUCAUGGAGGCUGCGAACCGAGGAGCUAGCGAGGUCCCUGAUGGCCGUUCCGUGGGGCUCAACAUCGUACUCCCUUUCGAGCAGAGGCCGAACCCAUACAUCACACCGGAGCUCUGCUUCAACUUCCACUACUUCUCGAUGCGGAAGAUGCAUUUUCUGGGACGUGCUCGCGCGCUGGUUGCCUUCCCUGGUGGCUGGGGAACCAUGGACGAGCUAUUCGAGGCAUUGACACUGAUCCAGACGAAGAAGAUGGCGCCCAUUCCGGUCAUCUUGUUCUCGAAGGCAUGGUGGGAGAGAAUCGUUAACUUUGACAGCAUGUUGGACGAGGGCGUCAUCUCCAAGAACGACUUCACGCUCUUCAAGUACGCCGAGACGGCACAGGAAGCGUGGGGUCACAUCACCGCCUUUUACAAGGAGACGAGCAAGAAUGUGGACGGACCGACGGCGAAGCGUCCCAAGGUGGACGAUCCUGCUCAGAAGCAGGGGUAAUGGGACUUGCGAAGGAUAUUGUGGAGAUAUGGACUUGACUGUUUUCAGACCGUUGGGAUCGUUGCGGAUUCAAAGAGAAAGCCUGGACGUUGCUACUCUGUGUAAUAUACACAUCGCCCAACAUUCCUCCCAUGCUAAAGUGUCGAACCGCUGUGCUAAAGUGCUCAAGUGCUGAACCGCUGUCGCACUUGCAAAAGCGUGCGUUGAAGUGACC